AUGAACGCCGUCCACCACCAUCCCCAUCCUCACCACGGGGCCCACCACUCGCAUCCACACACAGACAUGCCUCCUCCCUCGUCCGCGCCCUCCACACAUACGGUCACCGACUCGCACCUGUACACGCCUGCAAACAUGGCGCACUCCAAGGCCCAGGUCCAUGCUCAGCAGCAGGCUCUUGCCCAGGCACAGGCCGCCGCCCAGGUGGUGGCCAACGCCAUGCGGGGCGAUAAGCCGUUUCCGCCGCAACAGCAGCAUGGACAGCAUGGACAGCAUGGACAGCAUGGACAGCAGCAACUUCACCAUCACAUGAGUGGCCAGCAUGGCAUGAACGGACAACCUGGCAUGAACGGACAGCCUGGAAUGAACGGACAGACGGCGAUGAACGGACAGCCUGGCUUGGGCGGACAAAACACAUCCAUGCAAAUGUCUCCACCCCCUCCCCCCCACAACCACAGCGUCUCGGCCACGCCCACCAACACCGCGGGGUCUGCGGCAGCCACACCGACCCAAAACGACAUUUCGCACGCGGCAGAAAAGGUGCUGCAACGGGCAGAAAUCUCCCGCAUGACCCGCAACCUCAAGUCGCGCCUGAAGCUCGCCACCUACAAAACCAAACGAGGCUGGGACAACCUCACCUUUGAUACCAUCGAGCAGCGGGUCGACGAGGAAAUCAAGCCGCUGUCGCCAUCGUCAACCUCCACCGCAAACACAAACAACUCCGCAACCUCCACAACCACCUCUACACACACAAACUCCACUGCAGGCAGUGACUCCAACAACACCUCUAACGCCACUCGGUCAAUGUACAUGACCACUUCCGACCAAAUGUCAUCUCCUCCUUUGCAGCAGCCCUUCCACCCGCUCUCCACACCCCGUUUCGCUCCCGGAAACUACCCCGGAAGCGUCCAUGGACCUGGUGGUCCCCAGUCGCCUGCCACUCUCUACGAUCUGGGAUCCCCCAAGGCCAAACUCGACCACUACCCCAUGUUGUCGCCUGCCAAGAUCCCCGAGACGCGGAAACGGGCCCGAACUAUCACCAGUGCGCCCGGCGGAUCUAGUGCAUCGCCGCGACUGCAUUACUCAAAGUCGUACCAACAGCUACCAUUUGCCAUGUCGCAGCAGCAACAGCAACAGCAGCAUAUGCACAUGCAGCAGCAGCAGCAGCACAUGUUCCAGCAGCAGUUUGCCCAGGCACAGCCCAUGGCGAAGUCGCAGUCCAUGGGUGCCCUGAGCCAAAUGAAGCUGUCCCGUGACGAAAUCAUGGACAUUGACAGCGAGCUGGACGCCCGAGAGAGACGCGAGCGUGAGCGUGAGCAGGAGCAGCUACAGCAUCAGGAGCGACAUCAUCAGGAGCAGCAGCGACAGCAGCAUGAACGUGAGCAGCAGCAACAACAGCAGCAACAUUCGAGCGAAGAGCAUCCUUCCCAUGCUACCCACACUCAUUCUAUUGGAGCAGCUCUGGCAAACCGAUCGCUGGAACCCCCCAGAACUCCCCCUCAGAAGCCCCGAAAGCUCGGGGCUCCCCACUCUCGAGACGACAACCGAGACGAGGGCGCAGAUCUGCUCAUGUAUCUCGCCACCUCUCCGUCCCCUGCCCAGCGACCAUCUUCUUCGUCACACGGCUGGGGAACGGGAGGCACCCCUGUGCAGCCCACCUCUGCCGCUGCUCCUCAAACGCCCUCGCAGAACUUCAACUUUAAUGACUAUCUUCACAUGAUGACGCCUUCUCCGGCACAGGUGUCGCAUUCGCCGUACCACACGGAGCGAACUCCGUCGACGCCCAACCGACUGCGACUGGGCCAGAUUCCCCGAUCUGCUAGACGGAGACUGAACUUUGACAAGAUCCCUGCCUCUCCCACCUCUAGUGAGAGAGAUAGUCGGUGA